UUGACCUCCUCAGACGUUCUCGAGGCAGCUGGAGGCGGGACCGUGACCCGCUGGCAGCUCGGAGCUAGCCGGGCGGCCGGAGCUAAAGAGCGCCCGAGCGCCAUGAUUCCUCUGGAGAGGCCGAGCAGCGGCGGCUCUUCCCCGGCCGCCGCCCCCGGCUCGGGUCGAGUCGGCCGGGGUCUGACCACGCCGCGCCGGCUGCCGCCCCCGCCCCGCGGGCUGCUGACGGAGAUCCGCACCGCGGUGUGCACCGAGCCCUUCCAGGAUGCCUACAGCCUGAGCCCGGGCCGGGCGCUGGGCAGAGGGAAGUUUGCAGUGGUGAGGAAAUGUAUAAAGAAAGAUUCUGGAAAAGAAUUUGCAGCAAAGUUCAUGAGAAAAAGAAGAAAAGGCCAAGAUUGUCGGACAGAAAUAAUUCAUGAAAUUGCUGUUCUUGAACUAGCACAGGACGAUCCUUGGGUCAUUAAUUUACACGCAGUCUACGAGACGCCAUCGGAAAUGAUCCUAGUUCUGGAGUAUGCUGCUGGGGGUGAAAUCUUUGACCAGUGUGUUGCAGACAGAGAAGAAGCCUUUAAGGAAAAAGAUGUUCAGAGACUCAUGCGGCAGAUUUUAGAAGGUGUUCGCUUUUUACACGCUCAUGACGUAGUUCAUCUUGAUUUGAAGCCCCAGAACAUUCUGCUGACAAGUGACUCUCCACUGGGUGACAUUAAGAUCGUUGAUUUUGGUCUUUCACGAGUACUGAAGAACGGCGAAGAGCUCCGGGAGAUUAUGGGCACUCCCGAGUACGUGGCUCCUGAAAUUCUUAGUUAUGAUCCUAUCAGCAUGGCAACGGAUAUGUGGAGCAUUGGAGUGUUGGCAUAUGUCAUGCUGACGGGAGUAUCGCCUUUCUUAGGCGAUAAUAAACAAGAAACGUUCCUCAACAUCUCACAGAUGAAUCUGAGUUAUUCUGAGGAAGAAUUUGAUGUUGUGUCUGAGUCAGCUGUUGACUUCAUCAAGACACUUUUAGUUAAGAAACCUGAAGAUCGCGCCACUGCUGAGGAGUGUCUGAAACAUCCAUGGCUAACGCAGAGCAGUGUUCAGGAACCUUCUCUCAAGGUGAAAGGAGCAUUAGAAGAGGCACAGGCCCUCCAGGAAGGCGAUCCUGUGCCUGAAAGCCAUUCAGAUACUCAGAAGCCGGAAACCGAGGAAUCCGUCGUCACAGAGGAGCUGAUUGUAGUUACUUCAUAUACUUUAGGACAGUGCAGACAGUCUGAAAAAGAGAAAAUGGAGCAAAAGGCCAUUUCCAAACGCUUUAAAUUUGAGGAACCUCUGCUGCAAGACAUUCCGGGAGAUUUUAUCUACUGAGCAGUAUUUCCCUUUAGAACUUUAAGAUUUCUAUAUUGGAAACAUUAUUUAUGGACUUCUGGCCAAAUGGUACAUGUGCUGAAAGUGGAUGACCAGGUGUCACUGGUAGAAACUAAAAUAACUUUGUCAAACUUGUGGAGUUAGAGGAAUCAAGCCAGAUUUAUAAAGUUGCCAACCAGGAGGUUUAACGGGUAAAGUUACCUUUUUCAGAGUUCUUUUUAAGAAGGGAGAUGCUUGAACCUUUUAUUUCUGCAUCCUGUUUCUCCAGAAUGAGAAUGUGUAUGCAAAGAUAUCUGUAGUCACUUUCCUUAAAACUCCAACUAAAAGUGCCAAAAUUAACAUCUUUGUAAAUCUGUUUUGCAUUAUUCAUAUCUGUAUCUGCAUAUAUGUAUGUUGAUGUUGUUACUAAAAUUGAUACUUUUUCACUUUGGAUUUUUUGAGGGGACUAAGAUUUUAAUUUAAAUAAGUAUUUUGCAAAUUUCUGAGACCUAGAAUAACAUCCGCUAGUUAAUAAUGUCUUAUUUUUAUAUUUUAUUACUGCUCUAUGUUGACUUGAUUUGGCUUCUGUUGUCUGUUUUCUUCCUAAUGCUUUGCAGCCCUAUCAGUGGAAAAGCCUGUGGCUAAUUUUAGUUUUUUUCUUCAACAUCACUAGUAAGAGUGGUGGUGAUUUUUCACCUCUGAAAUUGUUCUGGUUUUCAAGGUCAAAGGUUAAGUCACCCAGUAAUGUUAACCCAGUGUUCGCUCCGCGCGUCCCUCAUCACACCUUCCUUGUCUACCCUCUUUCACAGGCUGCACCCCUGCCGCCUCCUCACACGCUUGUCACCUGACUUUGGUCUCUUGCGAGAGGCAGUGUGAUCUGAUCAACACAGUGGUGCUUCGGUCAGUGAGAGGACGCUAUUAAGUUGUUUUUGUUAAUAAAAUCCCCGGGAAUCGGGGAAGAAAUAUAAAGCACAUUCAUGCUGGCCAUCGAGCCUCUCUGCUUCUGUUGAAUUUCCUAUUAGCCCCCAAGCAAUACUAGGAAAAGUGGUAAGAUGCCGGAAUAUUUAUAAACCUUUACUUUGUUCGUAAACGAUUUGACAUUGGAAACUUUGUCAUUAGGGAGGUACCCUAAGACUUGUAAGAUUUAUAAGAAUAUACUCAGUAGCAUUUAAUUUACUUAGGAGUGAACACUUCAGCUGUAUCUGGGCCCACAGUGAGCAAAUUCCUAUUUAAAAAAGUGGAAAUGUAAAAGCGUAUGCUGUAUAACUUAAAGCAACUAAAUCUUCUU